CUUUACUAUCGCUCAUUGGGCCACGACCGCAGUGCCUCGUUGAAAACAGUGUUCAUAAUGAAAGGGCGCGUUCCUACAGGUUUUUCGAUAGAAACCAUGAGUGUGUGUUGUGUGAUCUCAUGGAUAAUGCUAAGUGUACUAGUAUUUGCUCCAGGAUGCUCUGCGAGUUUAGACGAGGGACGUGCUCUGCUUAAAGAUAUCGCUUCUUUCCUUUUUCGAAAAAUAUUGCCGAUUGCACAGGACGUCUUCAUUGAAAGUGACAUCUCUAGUGAGUGCUCUGGGUCUCUUCUUAAGUUUAUGUCGGCUAUACGAAGAAGCGAACCAUGGGCUUUAAAAAUGUUGACAGCAGCCGGUCUGGUGCCCAGUGGCAUCAUGUACCUGACAAUGACGUCGUUGGGAAGCUACGGCCAGUGUCUUUCAACGCGGGCAUACGAGGAAAACGAUAACACGUCGUCACCCCUACUAUUUAUGGGCCAGUACUGCGGACUAAACGUGAUGCCUAGUAGGGAAGCGUACGAUACUCUUCUUGAGUACGUCGACAAGCUCGGUGACAUUCAACGAAAAUCGGUGCCACCAUUAAUCUACGAUCAGGAUAGCUUGUAUCGCCCAGGACUUCGGUUAGGACUUUGCGUACCCUCUCUCUGCUCGGCAGAGGAAAUGAACAUCAUCGUAAAGAAAGUUGCUUCACGUUACGACCAGUUUGCUGACAUUUUAUCGUGCCACAACGACGAAACGGACGCUCACAAAGAUCCUGUGUACUACGUCGCCAUCUUUGUUCCUUGCGUUCUCACAUUUAUUAUGAUAAUGUCUACUCUGCUUGACAUCCGAGGACUAAACUCACGACCGUGGGUCAAAGUGUUUAGCGCAAUACGUAAUCACAGGAAGCUGGUCACGACCAAUCCAAAUCAGAUGACCUUUCUUCAUGGACUCAAGGCACUCCUUGCAUAUUGGAUAGUGUUGGGACAUUGCUAUCUCCUCCUCGACCCAUACGUAAUAUUUACCGUAAAGGAAGCUUUAGAUGUGACGACGACAAUCUUCUUCCAAAUAGCGGCGACUGGAGCCUUCUUAGGAGUAUCCGUAUUUUUUGUGUCCAGCGGUUUCAUCAUGAGUUUCACGUACGUGGCGAAAGACAAACACUGGAAAACGACACAUUUGCGAUUUUAUAUCAUCUCCAUUAUUCGAAGGUACUAUCGUCUAAUGCUGCCAGCUUUAGUAGUUUUGGUGGUGGCACUGGCCCUUCCGUACAUCGUCCAUGGUCCUCUAACCGAUACGCAUUUUCGGAUGUUCACUAACUGCAAGGAUAGCUGGUACAAGGUGCCUCUGGUACUUGUGAACACUGAUGCUAUUAAUCAUAUGUGCCUCUCACACUUAUGGUACAUCUCGGCGGAUUACCAGAUAGUUCUAAUGAUACUUCCCAUAAUGAUCUUUUACCCAAGCUAUCCUCGCUUAAUGACUGCACUCAUCGUGGCCAUCUUCUGCCUCACAGGAAUUGCGAUAGCCAUCGUGACAUACCUUCUUCAACUACUGCCUUUCAUGGGCUUUAAUAUUAACCAAACUGAAUUGAUUCGUGUGUCGAAGUAUGUUUAUUUCCUGCCAACAACUCAUAUUGGGAUGGUAGGUGCCGGUAUUCUUACCGGAUUUCUCGCGCAACGUCAUAAAAAUCUCAAGAUACCAUCGUACGUGACCCGUCCCAUUUGGGCGUUAACGCUGGGAUCGUCGCUCGUAGUCAGUAUUCUCCCUGUCCUUUGGUAUAGAAAUACUGACAUCCCGCCUUGGGGUGAUGCCUUGUACGCAGGAUUGCACCGACACGUCUAUUCAGUUUUUUCUGCCUGGCUUAUUUUUGCCUGCGCAACAGGAAACGCUAAUAAUUUGUCGUCGUUACUGUCGAGUACUCCGCUAGUGUUUUUGGGUAAACUGUCCUAUGCAAUUUACCUUGUUCACUAUCCGAUUCUUAUAUACUUCCUCGGUACAAACGCGACGGCUCAACAGGCGCUUCACACUCGAAUGGUCCGUGAUUCACUAGGCGUUUACCUACUAAGCGCAGGUGUGGCCUAUGUACUUCACUUGUGCGUCGAGGCACCUGUCAUUGCAGGAGAUGCUCUGUUCUUUAAACGGCAUACUGAGAGCCCUCACGAGGUGGGACACCACGACGACAAAGAUAACGGCUUAAAGGAUAGUAAGGAAUAUAAAGAAAUUGAUCUCAAACAAGCAUAUAAGCUGUACUAAAACUUAUUAAUUCAUAGUUUGUAAUUUAUGUCUCGACCAGAUCUUGUGUAACCUCGAUGACUUUGUCACACACUGCCACUAGAUAGAACUAGGCACGGUGAGAGUCAUAUCAUAUUUUUUCCUUAAAUAUACGUUAUGUUAUAUGUGAAAGGGCAAAAGUAGGCUUACAGCUUGAGACAGGUAGACUUAGGGAAUCCUUAGGUGGAGAGGGAUUCACUUGCAGAUAGCGAUCAGUAUUAACCUAUAAUCGUCAUAACGCAUAUGAUUUCACAAAUCAAUUCUAAAUUACUUUGAGCUCCUAGCCACUAUUAGCCUCUCUAAUAUACUUUGGAAACGUAUCCAUUAAUCUUGUCGGAUAUGGUUGAUAUGUAGCAAUUGUGGCUAACUAUUUGUCUAUAAAGUUUUUAGGAAUUAUAUUGCAUAUGGCGACAUAGGUCGCGUAUUAAAUUUUUACUACAAGUAUGUUUCGUACACGUCUUUCGCAAAGCAAUACCAGUUGUAAAUAAAAUAAAAAAUAAAUAAAGAAAGCUUUACGAUGAUUAUAAUUUCCCAUGUGACAGCGCGAGAGAAUGAAAAAAACAUGACAUGAGCACAAAUAGGGGUAAAAUAACGUACACGUAGAAACGUGUCAUUUACGUAUCCAUUUUUCAGUUUAGUUAGUAACUGACGAAAUUAAAGCGACCCAUGUCAAACGAUCGAUAAUAGGAACAAGUCGGCAUUGCCUAUGUACCAUUUAUAACCAUCCGUCUGAUCUGAGCCAUCACUGUACAACAAAAUUAUCU